CAACUCCUCUAUCCCCUCUUCUCUACCGUCCCCAGCCAGGACAUAACGCACAUAUCAUACUCCUCCGGCCACAGCCAGACCACAAGCAGCCAUGUCCGAGAAACUCCCCUUCAAAGUCGCUGACAUCAGCCUGGCUGAGUGGGGCCGUAAGUCCAUCGAGAUCGCGGAGAACGAGAUGCCGGGUCUGAUGAAGAUGCGUGAGAUGUACGGCCAGUCCAAGCCCCUGAAGGGCGCGCGCAUCGCAGGCUGCCUGCACAUGACCCUGCAGACCGCCGUGCUCAUCGAGACUCUCACCGCCCUCGGUGCUGAGGUCCAGUGGUCCAGCUGCAACAUCUUCUCCACACAGGAUCACGCUGCAUCUGCCAUCGCGAAGGCUGGCAUCCCAGUGUACGCCUGGAAGGGUGAGACCGAUGAGGAGUAUGUGUGGUGCAUUGAGCAGACCAUCUACUUCAAGGACGGACAGCCCCUGAACAUGAUCCUGGACGACGGAGGAGACCUCACCAACCUCGUCCACACCAAGUACCCCAAGCUGCUCGCAGGCAUCAAGGGUGUGUCGGAGGAGACCACCACAGGUGUCCACAACCUGUACAAGAUGCUGAAGAAGGGAGAGCUCAAAAUACCUGCCAUCAACGUCAACGACUCCGUCACCAAGAGUAAGUUUGACAACCUGUACGGCUGCAGGGAGUCCCUGAUUGACGGUAUCAAGCGUGCCACUGAUGUGAUGAUCGCUGGCAAGGUGGCAGUGGUGGCCGGGUACGGUGACGUGGGCAAGGGCUGCGUGCAGGCUCUCCGCGGCUUCGGCGCCAGGGUCAUUGUCACAGAGAUCGACCCCAUCAACGCCCUGCAGGCCUCCAUGGAAGGCUAUGAGGUGACCACCAUGGAUGAGGCAUGCCAGGAGGGAAACAUCUUUGUCACAACAACCGGCUGCGAAGACAUCAUCAUGGGCAAGCAUUUUGAGCAGAUGAAGGAUGAUGCUAUCGUGUGUAACAUCGGCCAUUUUGACUGUGAGAUCGACGUGUCCUGGCUGAACAACAACUCUGAGAGAGUCAACAUCAAACCACAGGUGGACCGCUACCGUCUGAAGAAUGGCCGCCACGUUAUCAUCCUGGCUGAGGGCCGAUUGGUCAACCUGGGCUGUGCCAUGGGCCACCCCAGCUUCGUCAUGAGCAACUCCUUCACCAAUCAGGUGCUGGCCCAGAUCGAGCUCUGGACCAAUACCAGCAAGUACCCACUGGGUGUCUACUUCCUGCCAAAGAGGUUGGACGAGCAGGUGGCUGCUGCUCACCUGGACAAGUUGGGCGUGAAGCUGACCAAACUGUCGGAGAAGCAGGCCAACUACCUGGGUCUCCCCACAGAAGGCCCCUUCAAGCCGGAUCACUACCGCUACUGAGACCCCCCCUCAGCUCAGCCCAGCCCGGCCUGGCUGGAUAGGAACACCCCAGGGCAGAGAGAGGGAGAGACGGGGAAGAGGAUGAGUGAGUGUUUGACAGAGAGAGAGAGUGGUAUUGUGUGUGUGUGUAUGUGAGUGCGAGUAUGAGUGUGAGUGUGUGUGUUGCUUACCAGUGCCCCCCUCUGCCAACCCGCUGCCGUACUUCAGCUGGCAUCACAGAAAACGCCCCUGUCUCGAUCAUCGUUUUGUAACGCAUGUUAAUUUUUUCUUUCUUUCUUUUUUAUUUACAAAGGAAACAAAACAUUGACUUGGAAAAACAUGUCUCAAUAAGUGUCCGUUCAAGCAAAAAAAAUGUCAUUCCUGGUUUUGUUUUACGGAGUGGUGUGAUGACUUGAUUUAGAUUUCAAUUAUGAGCCUGGAAAUACCGACUGUGCAUCACCCCACAGCCUCAAUGUGCGCUAGUCUGAUUGGUAAUGGCCAGCUGUCGCCUCAGGCAAACUUCAGUAGGGCUACUGGAGCAAGCCGUGGUCUCCAUGACUGAAAUGCUACGUCCUCAGAAACCCAUAAGAAGUAGCCUAGGGUGUGACCUUGUUUUUUGUACUGUGCAAAAAAAAGAUUUGACUCAAGAAGAAGUUCCGGAGUUUGUCAACGGUUUCUGUCAAUCUCAUCCUCAAUGCUCAACAGGUGAGAGUUGCUGUUGACUUCAGCAGCAGUGACAUACAGAUGCACUUGCCCUUCGUGUGUCCUUUUCUUAUUGUGACUUUUAUUCACUUAUUAAAUGGCACAUGGAAUGGA